UACACUUGUCUUUUUGCUUUCCAUUUCUUCUCCCCCCCACUGAAAAUGCUCUUUGCCUCCUCCUCACUUCUCACUUCUCACUUCUCACUCAUCAUCAAUUCCUUUAUAAACUUUUUUGUCACUGUGGUUGCAGUGAAGCUCUCUCUCUCUCUCUCUCUCUCUCUCUCUCUCUCUCUCUCUCUCUCUCUCUCUUUUUCCUGUCCCUGCAAGAACUAUAUAUAGCUAGCUAGGGUUUAGAUCUUCUUUGAACUUUCACAUCUCCAGCAGUAAAAGCCCUGCAACUUCAUGGUACAAUCACAGAAGAGAUCUUGAAAGAGUUUUUUCACACAACGGAGAAAAAGCACAACUGGUCCACUGGAGGAUGGCUUCAUCUAGUUCUAGUUAUACGAAUUCUCCUUGCGCCGCGUGCAAAUUCUUGAGGAGAAAAUGCAUGCCGGAUUGCAUAUUUGCUCCCUAUUUCCCACCUGAGGAACCACAAAAGUUUGCAAAUGUCCACAAGAUAUUUGGUGCCAGCAAUGUAAGCAAGCUUCUGAAUGAGGUGCUCCCCCAUCAGAGAGAGGAUGCAGUCAACUCUUUGGCCUACGAAGCGGAGGCCCGGAUGAAAGAUCCGGUGUACGGAUGCGUAGGAGCCAUCUCAGUCCUCCAAAGGCAAGUCAUUCGCCUCCAGAAGGAGCUGGACGCCACAAAUGCUGAUCUCAUCCGCUAUGCAGCAAGCAGCUGCAACAAUCUUGAAAUUCCAAUUGCAUCCCAGUCCGGGAGGACUAGGACUAAUAGUAAUAUGGGUCAUGGAGGAGGGUCUCUUGGUCAAAAUCCUGGGUUGUAUUUUUCUUCACCAUGGAAUAGAUCAGAUUCUUAUGGAGGAGAUAGAAACGAGAGAGGAGGAGGAUGAGGAUGAGGAGAAGGAAAUAUGUAGAGUUAGUCUCAUAUGACAUGAGAUGUUAUGUGCCAAUAGAUGUCCAUUAUUAAUAAAAAAUAGUUAUUGUUAUUGGGUAUGUAGACCCGAUUUUUAGGGUUACAUAUUAGGGUUUCUCCGGGUGUAUCUACACUGGAUUUAGAAUGGUGUAAUAAGUAUGUGGAUUAGUCUAUGAACUCUCCUGUGAUAUAUAAAAUUGAAAGCAUUAAUUUCAGAUA